AUGGACAACGAAGCCUGGUUCCCUCUCAAACAAACCCACUACCCACCACCGUCCAUUCCAUCCAUGAAAACAGGCCAUCCCACCGGUCCCAUCUCUAUAGGCCACAUCAUUCCCGACCUCCUCCACCUCGACAAUGUCAUCAACUGCAAUGGCUUCGAGCCCUUUCCUCCCCACAUGGACAUCUUCACCGCCCACUACGAACAGUGCCACUUCGGGGACCGCCUUAACUCCGAGUUUGUCGUGCAAGCCAAGGCCGAAGCGCCAAUAAAGAACAUUAUUCCCGGCGUGGACGUCACGGGUAGCGCGGGGUUGCAUCAUACGAAUAUUGUCAGUGAUCGUUGGGAGUAUGACAGUGUGGUGGAGUACGUGGUGUACCCGACCAGACAGUAUAUCGACCGGUGUUUGGAGUCGAAGGAGGUGGCGGCGUAUAUACAGAAGAGCAAGAAGCUGUUGGGGGGGUGGUGUGUGUAUUUGGUGACGGGCAUCAUGGUGGCGAGGGGAGGGGGAAAGAAUGUGACGAGUGAGGAGAAGGGGGCGGGGGUGUUUGGGAAUGUUGGCUUGGAAGUGCCGCUUAUCGUUGAGGCUGGACCGGGGGUCAAGAGAAACAUGACGAGGCAGACGACGUGGGGUACGAGUCAGACGGAUGACUUUGUUUGGGCAGUGAGGUUGGCUAAAAUCACUAAGAGCGGGUUGCACUCGGACUGGAAGAUGGAGACGGUGUUUGGAAAGACAUCGUUUCGCGGGCAAAAGGCCAUAUUUUGA